UAGUAGUAAUAAUUAAUAAGGUUUUAGAUCAUUGAUUAAUUAAUUCUAGAUGUAGCUUCCUCCUUCUUUCUCUCUCCUAAUUUGCAUCUACUUUUGCCACCCAUUUCUCAGCUCAAUUUCACUCUAUAAGAAUCUCAAUUUUUUAAUUCUCUCUCUAAAAGUUUCCCAUUUUGCACUCUUUUUCGCUCUUAUAUUUCCUCGUGUCCGUGAUUCAAAUUAUUUUCUCAUUUUAUGCACAGAUCUUAUAUGCCCUCUUUCUCAAAUUAAGGUAUUCAAUUUUUUCCCUUUCGUCUGCUUUUACUUCAUUCAGGAAUAAUCCCUGAGCUCUUUUAACAGCUCCAAUUCUGUCGGCUCAAAGCUUUGUGUUUGGCAUCUUGUCUGAUUCAGGUUGUUUCUCAUUAUGCUGAUUGAAUGGUUCUGAGCUGUUUAAUAGGGAUUGUCUAUGUGAUUAAAAGAAGAUGAGUCGCAUGACAAGUGAGAGUGAGGAUGGCAUGAUCUCCAAGGAUCAGACUGAGUCGCCAUUGGGCGAGGAAGGCAGCUAUGGUGGAAGUACAAAUGGAGUUGUUCUUAAGAAAGGGCCAUGGACUUCUGCUGAAGAUGCAAUUUUGAUAGAAUAUGUGAAGAAGCACGGGGAGGGGAAUUGGAAUUCUGUUCAGAAGCACUCAGGGCUUUUCCGUUGCGGUAAAAGCUGCAGAUUACGAUGGGCCAAUCAUCUAAGGCCUAAUUUAAAGAAAGGAGCAUUUACUCAUGAAGAAGAGCAACUAAUCAUUGAACUUCAUGCCAAGAUGGGAAACAAAUGGGCACGGAUGGCUGCACAUUUGCCUGGUCGUACAGACAAUGAGAUAAAGAAUUACUGGAAUACCAGAAUUAAGAGGCGUCAACGGGCUGGCUUACCCCUUUAUCCACCUGAAGUCUCUUUGCAAACUUUGCAUGGGAGUCAACAAUGCCUGGACAUUAACGGAAUGGACAGUGGGAAUAAAGGUCAGCAUGAUAUCUUGCAGACCCACAAUUAUGGGAUACCUGAUGUCAUGUUUGACAAUUUAAAGACCAACCGAAGCAUCUUACCUUAUGUCCCUGAACUUCCUGAUAUUAGUGCAAGUAGCAUUCUGAUGAAAGGUCUGUGCUCUUCUCAAUAUGAAAGCUUCAUGUCACCAACAAUGCACCGUCAGAAGCGUCUUCGAGAGGCAACAACCUUAUUAUCCAGUUUCAGUGGUGGCAUGAAAAAUGAUUUCCACUUGUUUGACCAGUUUCAGGAUGGUGAUAAAGCUGCUCAAUACUUUGGGUUAUCUUUUCCAUUUGAUCCUGAUUCUGCCACCAAGAACCCAGAGAUUUUUGGUGAAAAUCAGGGUAGCCAUACCCUUGCAAAUGGCGAUUUCUCUGCUUCUAAGCCCACUUCAGAGGCUGUGAAGUUAGAGCUCCCUUCACUCCAAUAUGCAGAAACUGAUUUAGGUGGCUGGGGGGCAUCUUGUUCCCCAUCACCUUUAAUCGAGUCUGUUGAUACUUUUAUUCAAUCUCCUCCUACUGGGACAGUCGAGUCAAAUUUUCCAUCACCACGUAAUAGUGGGCUAUUGGAUGCUUUACUUUACGAGGCCAGAACUCUAAGCAGUGCAAAGAAUCAAUCAUCUGAUAAGAGUUCAAAUUCAUCUACCAUUACUCCUGGUGACAAUGCAGACUGUUCUGCCCUUAAUAUUAGCGAGACAGAAUGGGAAGACUAUGGUGAUCCCAUUUCUCCUUUGGGUCAUCCUGCAGCUUCCCUUUUCAGCGAGUGCACUCCCAUCAGUGCCAGUGGAAGCUCUUUGGAUGAAUCACCACCUACUGAGACCCUUACUGGAUCUAAACAUAAAUUUGGAUGUUCUUCAGAAUGCAAUAUGAAAUUAGAACCUGUUGAUCACACUUGGACAGCGGAUAGAGAAAAGGAAUCCUAUACCCAGUUGGAUAUUACUCGCCCUGAUGCCUUACUUGACUCAGAUUGGCUUGAGCAUGAUUCUGGUUAUGGAAAGGACCAAGUCAUCAUGACUGAAGCCAUAGCAACCCUUCUCGGUGAUGAUUUGAGUAGUGAGUACAAGCAGAUGGCUGCUGGAACAUCUACAGAUCAUGGAUGGGGACUAGGUUCUUGUUCAUGGAACAACAUGCCUGCUGUCUGUCAAAUGUCUGAACUCCCUUGAAGUCUGCUAUCUAUCAAAUGUAUGAACUUUUGAUGCUUUGUUCAUGUUGAUGAUUUCUAUGAUUAGGUAUUCACCAAGUCCGAGUACCUUUUGAACUGUGAAAAAGUUCAGUUAGAGUAAAACUCGUGGUAUGGUAUGUUUCAGUCAGGGUUGUUUCAUUUCUUGUUUAAUGAACAAGGCAAUGAAUGUAUGCCAAUAUCAAAACUUAGACAAGGUAUGCAAAUGCAUUAUGGCUUUUGCUAAAUUUGUAGAAUAACAAGCACCUUCAACUCGAUGAUUUUUGUUAUUUGAUGAACAUGAUUUGUUUCAAUUGA